UGGCUCAGCCUGGCCUUCUCAGCCAUGGCUGUUAUGCCGCAGGUAGCGAGGCACGAGGAAGGUGAUUCUUUCUUCGAUCACCUGUCCUCCCUCUCGGCUGCGUAUGAGCGCGCCAGAGCCGAGAACCGCCAACUCCGCUGGGAGCUCGCGGAGCUCGCGGAGCUCACGACGGGAGAGACCGAGCGCAAGGCGCGCACGCUGCAGCCGGAAGCCUUUCACUGCGCCGUGGAUGAGUUGGACUCUGUUGAGUUCGACAAGGACGAGGAUGAUCCCUUCACGCCAUCCCAAAAGGAUCCAAAGGUUCAAGGGCAGCUCAGCAAUGAUGGAAGCAAGCGGGGCAGCGCCUUCGACGGGCGGCGUGCCAGCAUUGACUCACGAGCAAAAGCUCGGGUCCCCCACGCCAUCUUCGGUCGGCAAGAUGAGAUACACGCUGCGAUUGCCAAUGAGCUAGAGCCCAGAUAUGACGUCAAGGACUUCUACAAGACCAGUGGCUGUGCGCAGUGGUUGGCACGGCACCCCACCUUCGAGAACGUCACCAUGAUCAUAAUUGUCAUCUAUGCGCUUUACAUGUCCAUCGAUGCUGACCUGAACACCGCGAGCAUCAUCACAGAGACGCACCCGGUGUUCAUCGUCUGCGAGCAGCUCUUCUGCCUCUACUUCUUCCUGGAGCUCUGGAUCCGCUUCAUGGCCUUCGAGCGGAAGUGCAAGUGCUUCAGAGACGCCUGGUUUGUGUUCGACCUGACGCUGGUUGUGAUGAUGGUCGCGGAGACAUGGGUGAUGAACAUCGUCAUCUUAGCCUUGGCCUCUCUCGGCAACGGCGGGUCCAACUUCUUGGGGGACGCCUCCAUCCUGCGCAUGGCGAGGCUCAUGCGGCUGACGCGUCUGCUGCGGAUGGCUAGGCUCAUCCGCCUGGUGCCUGAGCUGCUGAUCCUGGUGAAGGCCAUUGCCUCGGCCACCAGGUCCGUGGGCUUCACACUGAUGCUGCUGGGCAUUUGCCUCUAUGUCUUCGCGAUUGCCUUCCGGAUGACGUUGGAGGGGACGACAGUAGGUUCAGACUACUUUGCCACUGUUCCCGUCUCCAUGCACAGCCUCUUCAUGCAUGGCACCUUCCUCGAUGCCGUGUCCGAUGUCAUGACUGCCAUGCUUGCUGAAAGCUGGCUUGGUUUCAUCUUGAUGUACGUGUUCAUUAUUCUCUCAGCAGUGACGAUCAUGAACAUGCUGAUUGGUAUCCUAUGUGAAGUCAUCACCGCAGUGGCUGAUGCAGAGAAGAAUGCGCUCCAGGUGAGCUGGACAACAGAAGUCCUCCAAACCUGCCUGGAAGCGGGCGCCGACACGGACAACGACGGCUGCAUCGACCGGGAUGAGUUCAGAGAUAUGAUCGCCAACCAGAAGGUGCGAGACGUGCUCAAGGAGGUGGACGUGGACGUGCAGACGGUGGGCAAUUUCAUCGACGUCCUCUUUGAGGACGAUCAGGGGGGACUUCCCCUCAAUAAGCUUCCCUUCACAGAGUUUAUGAGCAGAUUACUGAAGCUGCGCGGCAGCAACCAUGCCACCGUCAAGGACUUGGUGGACCUUCGGAAGUGGAUGAGCCGCGAGUUGAAUCAACGGCCGGGGCUGUCCGAGGGCUUUCAGACAACCAAGUCCAGCGGCGAAGUGCUCAUGGCCCAGACCCUCCCUAGCAGGUCCAAGCCGAGCGACUUUCAUGCGUUGAUGCCGGGUCAGGUUCCAGAUAGAAAGGCUGAGCGCCUCGCCUAAGCACAGCCGCUGGCGAUCUGAGAUCGGAUGGCCAGUAGGCGUCGGACUGAAGCCGCGCUCGACGGGCGAUGUACACCGUGCACGUCACCGGCGACCGGGGGGGGGGGCAAUUUGGCCAGCC